AUGUAUGGAUACGAUGCCGGCGUAUUGGGCGGUGUGCAAACAACAAAGCCCUUUCUCGACGCCAUCGGCAACCCCACAGGCACGUAUGUCAUUCCGAUGAUUGCCUCUUCAUACACCCUGGCGGCGGCCGUCUGCUCUCUCGCCGUCACCAUGCUCGGCAUGCCCCUCGGGCGCCGAGGCUGCAUCUUGAUGGGCGAUGGAUUCGUCAUCGUGGGCACGGCGAUCCAAGCGUCAGCCAUGUCUGUGCCACACAUCAUCGUCGGAAGGAUCCUGUGUGGGUUCGGCAUCGGUUUCAUCUCGUGCUCGGUACCAACGUACAUGGCAGAAAUGAGUAUUGAUGAGAAAGAGCGCGGCCCCGAGGUCGCCGUCCAGUGCGUUUGGCUCAUCUCCGGCGUCGCGCUGGCGUACUGGAUCGAUUUCGGAUUCACACGCAUGUCGAACCAGGUCUCCUGGAGGUUCCCCAUCGCUUUCCAGGCCAUCUUCGCCGUGAUUUCGCUGUGUGGUCUCAUUUUCUUGCCAGACACACCCAGGUGGUAUUACGCACGAGGCAGAACCGCCGAGGGCGACGAUGUCGUAAUGCGCCUUCACGACCGUCCCCUUGACGAUCCACGGGUCCAGGCCAUGAUCAACGAGAUUCUCGCUGCCAUCAAGUUGGAAGACCAAGACGAGCAUAAAUUCAACCCCAUCGACCUGAUCUGGGACAGAAGUGAUUUGAGGGCGGGAAGGCGCAUCAGAAUCUCAUUCAUGAUCCUGUCCUUGCAGCAAAUGAUGGGAAUCAAUCUAUCAGUAUACUAUUCAACCGUGAUCUUCGACCAAGUCGGGCUAUCACCAUUCCUAUCCCAGCUCCUCGCUGCAGUCAUGAACACAGGCUUUGCCGCCGGCACGUUUCCCCUACCAUGGACGAUCGAGCGCGUCGGCCGCCGCAACGUCUUGAUCUGGUCGGCGGCCCUCCUGACAGUGUGCAUGAUCGUCUUCGUCGCCAUGAUCGGCCUACCCAACCCGAGCACUGCAACGCAAUGGGUCGCGGUCGGUGCAAUCGUCGUCUACAACUUCGCCUUCGGCUACGGCUGGAUUGGUGUCCCGUGGCUCUACGGCCCCGAGAUCGCACCCCUCAAACUCCGUCACCUCGGCGGCGCGGCCGGCGCCUUCGGCGAAUGGCUGUUCAGCUUCAUCACGGUGUUCGCAGGCGGGAUCGCACUCCAAAACGUCGGCUGGAAGAUAUGGCUGUGGAUGCUGCUGUCGUGCGCCGCGGCCAUUCCAUUCGUCUAUUUCCUGUGCCCUGAGACCACCGGAAAGACGCUUGAGGAGAUUGACUUGAUUUUCGCGAAGCCCGAGAUCAGGGAUAGUGCCGCAGCGGCCGGCACGAUCCGGGAUCAUCGCCUCAGAGGGGCGGUUAAGGAGUUUGAAUACGAGGAGAAAGAGGCGGUCUGA